GCGCCGGCGACCCGCAGUUCGUUCCUAGUAGCUGCCCUGCAUUACGGGUGGCUGCUGCCUCUCCCUACCCACCCAGCGCGGCGUCGCUGGACGAGGGAGGCGGGUGCCAUGGCGACUGAGGCCCUGACGGCGGAGACGGUGGCUUUGCGCCUGCAGCAGCAGGAGGAGGACAUCACCUGGCUGUGGGAGGAAGUCCUGCGCCUGAGGGAAGAGCUGUUGAACGCGCCCGACCGGUGCCUGGCCGAGGGGCCCUGUCUCACGCGGGAUGUGGCGCAGCUCCGGGCCGAGAACCGCGACCUGAGCUACCGCCUGCACCGCCUGCGGGCGUGCCUUGCGGAGGAACUGAGCCACCACGUGAACCUGGAGAGGGCGACGCAGGCGGCAGCGGCGGCUGCAGCGCAGGACGAGGCCGGGCGCUUGGCUCCCGGCGCGCAGCCUCUUGCUAGUCAAAACCAAGAAAAGGACAGUAAAAAGAAGAAGGAAGAGGAACCUGCCAGUGAGGUGAAAAAUCCACCAAAUUUCAUAAAGGAACGGUUGAAGCUUUUUGAAACACUGAAGAAAGAUCAUCAGCUGUUAUUUGCUACUCAUGAAAAAAAGGGGGACACAAGCAAUGGGAUCACAGUAAGAGUGGCUGAUGGGAGAACCGUCGAAGGGGAAGUCUGGAAGACAACGCCUUACCAAGUGGCCUCUGGCAUCAGUCAAGAGCUGGCUGAAAGCGCAGUGAUAGCCAAGGUCAAUGGCGAACUGUGGGACUUGGACCGUCCGCUGGAAGGGGACUGCACUCUGGAGCUGCUGACGUUUGAUGAUGAGGAAGCUCAAGCUGUGUACUGGCACUCCAGUGCCCACGUCCUCGGGGAGGCCAUGGAGCUGUACUAUGGGGGCCACCUGUGUUAUGGGCCGCCCAUCGAGAAUGGAUUUUAUUAUGACAUGUUUGUCGAGGACAGAGCCGUGUCCAGCUCGGAGCUGUCGGCACUGGAGGCCCUCUGCGAGGCCAUCGUCAGGGAGGAGCAGCCCUUUGAGAGGCUGGAGGUCAGCAAGGACGUCCUCCUGGACAUGUUCAAGUACAACAAGUUUAAAUGCCGCAUUUUGAAUGAGAAGGUUAAUACUCCAACUACCACCAUUUACAGGUGUGGCUCCCUAAUUGACCUGUGUAAAGGCCCCCACGUGAGACACACUGGGAAAAUUAAAACCAUAAAAAUUUUCAAGAAUUCCUGCACGUACUGGGAGGGCAAUCCCGAAAUGGAAACCCUGCAGCGGGUCUACGGGAUUUCCUUUCCCGAUAACGAGAGGAUGAGAGCCUGGGAAAAGCUGCAGGAGGAAGCCAAGAGCCGAGAUCACCGGAAGAUCGGGAAGGAUCAGGAGCUUUUCUUUUUCCACGAUCUGAGUCCCGGAAGCUGUUUCUUCCUGCCCAGAGGAGCCUUCAUUUAUAACACCCUCAUGGACUUCAUACGCGAGGAGUACCACCGCCGUCAUUUCACGGAGGUGCUGUCCCCCACCGUGUACAACAGCAAGCUCUGGGAGGCCUCAGGCCACUGGCAGCAUUACAGCGAGAACAUGUUCGCCUUCGACGUGGAGAAGGACACCUUCGCCCUGAAGCCCAUGAACUGUCCGGGGCACUGUCUAAUGUUUGCCCAUCGUCCACGGUCCUGGAGGGAAAUGCCUGUCAGAUUUGCCGAUUUUGGAGUUCUCCACAGGAACGAGCUGUCGGGGACGCUAAGCGGCCUGACCCGAGUCAGGCGCUUCCAGCAGGACGACGCGCACAUCUUCUGCACGGCCGAGCAGAUCGAAGAGGAAAUAAAGGGCUGUUUGCAGUUUUUGCAAUCUGUGUACUCCACCUUUGGCUUCUCCUUUCAGUUAAACUUGUCCACGAGGCCUGACAACUUCUUAGGAGAGAUGGCGCUGUGGGAUGAAGCCGAAAAGCAGCUGCAGAAGAGCCUUGUGGACUUUGGAAGGCCCUGGAAGGUGAGCCCCGGAGAUGGAGCCUUUUACGGCCCUAAAAUCGAUAUAAAAAUCAAGGACGCUCUUGGCCGAUCGCACCAGUGCGCUACCAUCCAGCUGGACUUCCAACUGCCCAUCCGAUUCAACCUCACCUACGUGAGCAAGGAAGGGGACGAUAAGAAGAACCCUGUGAUCAUUCAUCGGGCCAUCUUGGGCUCGGUGGAAAGAAUGAUAGCCAUUCUGUCGGAAAACUACGGGGGGAAAUGGCCUUUCUGGCUGUCUCCUCGUCAAGUAAUGGUCAUCCCCGUGGGGCCAACUUGUGAAAAAUACGCACUUCAGGUAUCUGGUGCCUUUUCUGAAGAAGGGUUCAUGGCCGACGUUGAUUUGGAUCAUAGUUGUACGCUAAAUAAGAAAAUCCGAAAUGCACAGCUGGCUCAGUAUAACUUUAUUUUGGUGGUUGGAGAAAAGGAAAAAGCAAAUAAUGCUGUAAAUGUUCGAACAAGGGACAACAAAAUUCAUGGAGAGGUUGCACUCACUUCUGCCAUUGAUAAACUGAAGAAUCUCAAGACGUCACGUAUUCUUAAUGCUGAGGAAGAAUUUUGAAGUCCUUCUUUGUACUCCUUUCUGUGUAACCCUGUUUUGAACCCCAAAAAUGCUUAUUUCUUAAUUACUGUUAGUGCCUCUUCUGGGAGCUUUAGACCUGCUGACAGUCAGUCCCCCAAUGGGUGCAGUGGGAGAGGAGAUGAUGAAAGAGUAGCUGAUACAGACAAAGUUUAAUUCGCUAAUGUGUCUGAGAGCGGUAAGAGGACAAGCUCGGGAAGUAUUCAAUUUCCCAGAUGUCUUGAGAGACUUAAGUGGGAAAAGGUUAUUCACUGAAAAAGGGAAAUACCAGGACAAGACGUGUGUGUGAUAAAAGAUAGAUUUCAAAUAAAAGUCUGCAAAGCUUUUUGGAAUACAACAGGAAAUCUUAUUUCCUAACAACAUUAUGUUGUCAGUUGUUUUACCCAAGUUCACACUGAAACUUUAUCUCCAAAAUUGGAGUCAUUGCUUAAUUUGCUUUAACUAAGCAAGAACUGCAAGAGAAGCUGUACUCAAUAUUGGAUUAUUGGCAAAGGACUCAACUCAUAUUCAGCGUUGUAGAAUCUGCUGUAGUUUGCACUGUAAUUUCAGAGUUGCCGUUUUAAUGAUUCUAAUGAACAACUAAGCUUUGUUCAUCUUUAGAAAAUACAAAUUUCCGAAUAAAAGGCAUCAUAGUGUUUCAGCUAUGGUUUUAUACCAAAA